UCAAAUUUUCACGUCCCCGGCUGCUGUUUAACUUGUUGCUUAAUGUUUUUAAAAAACGUGUAAAUAUUUUAAAAUAAAAACAUGCGUAAUCUACAGCUGUGGCGUACUUCGGCACGAAAACUUGAUUAUUUAUGUGAAGAAAUAGCUUGCGCUUGUUACGGUCAUCAUGGGGGCUGUCCAGCAGGGGAACUGUUUUUGUGCACACAUAACCUUAUAGUUCGUUGUUUUGGUAACGAUGGAAGGCUUAAAUGGUCAAAGGAUCUCUCAGAGAUUUCCUCGCUUCGAAAUGUACCCGUCAGCAUAACUUAUCUAAGUUUGGUAAAUACUUUAAGUAUUGGACUCUCAAAUGGGGAGUUAUUUGGAAUGACUGAGACUGGUGCUAAUUGUGAAUUAAAGGGUAUUUGUGAAGAUGGCCUUUUGGCUAAAGAAUGGAGCCACGAUCAGGAAUUGUUAGCUCUAGUUACUAAAGACUAUAGGGUCAUACUCAUGUCAUGUACAUAUGACACAGUAAAUCAAGUGAAUCUACUCUCUGAGGAAUUUGGAGCAAAGGAAUUUAUAACUGUUGGUUGGGGUAAAAAAGAAACUCAAUUUCAUGGUUCAGAAGGCAAAGAAGCUGCUAAGGCGAAAAGUGAUUUUUUUGUUGAUAAACAUGCCAUCCUGAAUAAUAAAAUAUUAAUAUCUUGGAAGUAUCAUGGCAGCUUGUUUGCUGUAGGGUUUAGCUUGCAGGGUGCCAGAAGAUUCAAAGUUUUUGACAGAGGAGGAAAGCUUCUGUAUACGAGUGAGAGACAACAGGGUCUCGAGGCUAAUAUAGCGUGGCGACCCAGCGGAAACUUUGUUGCAACAACUCAAAAACUCCCAGAUCGAUACCUCGUAAGCUUCUUUGAAAAAAACGGCCUAAAACAUGGUGAUUUUGAAAUACCCGUUUCAGAGAAUAUACAGGUAGAAAACAUACUUUGGAGUCAAGAUUCUGAAAUAUUGACUCUCGUCUGCAAGGACUUGCAAGAGAUUUGUCAAAAGAUAUUGUUGUUUACAAGCAGUAAUUAUCAUUGGUAUCUCAAACAAACUUUGACAUUUAAUCCACAGCAAACCAUUAGCAAAAUUUUUUGGGACAACGAUUUUGAUAUGUCCAAUAAUAAAAAGUUACACAUUCUAUUUAAGAGUGGUAAAUAUUACACUUACACAUGGGUUUGGGAUGUAGAUCAUAGUACUGGCAAAUGUGAGAAGGAUGAUGCUGUUGUUGGUGUUAUUGAUGGAAAGAAAAUGUUGUUGUCCUCUUUCAGACAUUCCGUUGUUCCACCUCCAAUGGCAAAUUUAGAAAUUGAAACAAAUAAUUAUAUUGACUCUAUUGUGUUUCUUUUAAUACCCAAUGAAGACGAUGAGUACAAUAAGUUUUUAGCUUGCUCAUCUAAUACGUUGACGUUUUAUGAGCAAGUACAAAAGAAACCCCUCGAAUAUAAAAUAUCAAAAACUAUUGUUUUGAAUAAAUUUGAUUUUCCAUUUCAAUAUUAUAACUGGUAUUGGUGGAAAAAAAAUCUCUUGAUCGUAAUUGCAUUAGAUAACGAUAGUAAUUAUAAAAUGAUUGAAUUUGAAAUAUUGGAAGAUUCGCUGAAAAUUUCCAAAUCAAAAGCUUUGCCUGCGGCCGUUGUAAGAAUGCAUUCUCAUCCACUAAUACCAAAGGUCUAUUUGCACUUGGAAACAGGAAAAGUAAUAGAAUACAACUCAGAUGGAUUGGAAGAACUUACUGAAUCAUUUCCCGCUGCCUGUGCCAAAUUUUGUGUACUACCCAUUGGAGAUCUCGGGUAUUUUGUAGGUCUGACACACAAGGGUCUGUUAUAUCUUCAAGAUAAAGUCAUAAUGAAUAAUGUUGGUUCCAUUUUUAUUCACACUGACUAUUUCCUCAUAACAUCAAUGAAGAACUUUUUGCUUUGUACCAAACUUACUCAGGAUGGAUUGGCAGCCGUUAUUGAUUAUGACGAUACUGAAUCAGCCGAUGUAUACAAAAGGAGAGUAGAGAGAGGCUCGAAAAUAAUCGUUGUAGUACCAAAUGACACCAAAACAGUUUUGCAAAUGCCACGCGGAAAUUUAGAAGUCAUUGAACCAAGACCUCUGUCACUUAAAAUAGUAGGUGAACACUUAAAUUCACUGAAGUACUAUGAAGCAUUUGAUUUGAUGCGGAAACAGCGGAUCAAUUUGAAUCUAAUGUAUGAUCACAAUCCACAACUCUUCAUUAAAAACAUUGACAAAUUCCUGGACACAAUAAAAAACAACUCAUGGCUUAGUCUUUUCUUGACAGACUUGGAAAAUAAAGAUACUACCAAAACAAUGUAUUCUACUAGCUAUAUUUAUACGAAGGGUAACAAGGACUGUGAUAAGAAGAUAAACUUCAUUUGUAAUAUGGUUAGGGAGCGUUUAAAUAUAGCACCUGAUAGAUCCUCUAGGGUGUUGCCGUUGUUGACAACAUACGUAAAGCAGAAUACUAUUCAAGAUUUGGAGAAUGCUUUGCUCAUAAUUAAAGAGCUAAGAAACGAGGAGUUAAAUGGUACAAAGCUGCCUGUAUCGUCAGAUGAAGCCCUAAAAUAUUUACUUUACAUCGUGGAUGUUAACAAGCUAUUUGAUGUUGCCUUGGGCAUGUACGACUUUGAUCUUGUGCUACUAGUUGCCAAUAGAUCACAGAAAGACCCGAAAGAAUACAUGCCUAUGUUAAAUGACUUGAAUGCUAUGGAUGAGAAUUACAAACGAUUCACGAUCAAUAAAAAUUUGAAGAGAUACCUAAAAGCCGUGGAAUGUCUCAUAAAAUGUGGACCUAGCAAACAUGAUGAAUUGAAAACAUUCGUGAAAUACCACAGCCUUUACAGAGAUGCACUGAAAAUGUUAACUCCAAAGGACUACAUUUAUAAACAGAUAUGUGAUGAUUUCGGCUUAUUUUUGAAAUUGAAGAAGCAGUUCUUAGAAGCCGGUAUUAUGUUUGAAAGGGCUGAUAAUAUUGAUAAAGCUGUAGAAUGUUACAAAGAAUCUUUGGAGUGGGAAUUGGCUAUAAAAUUGAUACAACAUUUGCCAAGAGAUGAAUUCAAGGAAAUUUGCUAUGAUUUCGUUGCUGCUUUGAAGCAAGAGAAACGUCACAGCGAAGCAUUGAGAAUCUUGGAAAUGGUUGGCGAUAAUGAAAAUGAAAUGAUAAUGUACGCAACAGAAAAUGGAGAGUUCAAGUCUGCAAUAAGAAUAUGUUAUACUUACGACAUGCAUGAAAUGUUAGACGCGGAAGUUACACCUGCUGUCCUAGAAGAAUAUAAUAAUCUCAAAGAUUUAUUGGAGACGAAUUUGACAAACUUUAAAAGCUACAAAGAUCGGUUGGAAGUAGUGCGAGUGACAAAGAAAAAUGCGCCGGCGCGCAAUGAUAAUAUUCCUUAUUACAACAGAGAUUAUGAUUUAUAUUCGGAUAUUGGAAGCACUAUUGGCUCAUCAACUGGAUCAAGCCGUUCCUACCGCUCCAGCAAGAAUAGAAGGAAACAUGAACGCAAAGUGGCAUCUCUCAAAGAGGGAUCCCAGUACGAAGACACCGCUCUCGUUAUGGCACUGCACUCUUUAGUCUCCUCAACAUUUGAACUUCGACCCCACGUCAGAGAAAUAAACUUGGCACUCUGCUGCUUGUACAAGGAUGAAGAGGCCAGGAUACUUCAGUAUCUUCUGGAGGGAGUGAUGCAAGAAAUGAAGGAAAGUUUCAAACAGAUAUGGACGAAUAAUCUCGUAAUAGAAGCCACUAAUGCAGUGAUUACAGCUGAACAGAAUGUUCCAGAAGGUGGCAGUGUUAUUAAACAGGGUAUUGCCGCUUUGGAACCACAUGUGAGAAUUGCUCCUGUAAUACAAGAUGUCCGUUGGAAACUCAACAUGGAUUAAAUAUUCUCUAUUUCAAACAAUACCUUAUUACUGUGUUUAUGUAUACAGCAUAGCAUCGAAAAUACAAUAAUUGUAUUGUAGGUAUAUUUAUGUGUAGUAUUUUAAUUGUACAGUUGUUAUUACUAAUUUCUGGGUAAUACAAUCUCUGUUAAACAGUUUUUUAUUUUAAUUAAGUAAUUGUUUUCAUGCUGUUGUGAUUUUAUAUUCUGCUCUAACAAUACAUAAAAUUAGUAUUAAUUAGAGAUUUAUAGAUUAAAAAU